AUGAUUGCAUGCUUAGUGACACAUCCAUUAGAUCUCGCCAAAGUUCGUUUACAAACUGCAUCUAAACCUGGCCAGUCUUUAGGUUCGAUGGUGUACCAAAUUAUAACCAAAGAAGGAUUUUUCAAGAUUUACUCGGGUUUGAGUGCAUCCUUAUUAAGACAAGCAACAUAUUCGACUGCAAGAUUUGGUAUAUAUGAAUUCUUGAAAGAAAGUUAUACCGAAAAAUAUCAUGUAACUCCAUCAACUGGUAUAUUGUUGCCAAUGUCUAUGGUUGCAGGUGCAUUGGGUGGUUUAGUAGGUAAUCCAUCCGAUGUUGUUAAUAUUAGAAUGCAGAAUGACUCAACAUUACCAAUAGAACAAAGAAGAAACUACAGAAAUGCUUUUGAUGGUAUUUUCCGUAUAAUCAAAGAAGAGAAAGUUUCUUCGUUAUUCAGAGGAUUGGUACCAAACUUGACUCGUGGUAUUUUAAUGACUGCAUCACAAGUCGUUACCUAUGAUAUCGCAAAAAACUUAUUAGUGGAUACUUUCAAUUUGGACCCAUCGAAAAAGGGUACUCAUUUUAGUGCCUCAUUACUUGCUGGGUUAGUGGCAACUACAGUCUGUUCUCCAGCAGAUGUCGUCAAGACAAGAAUCAUGAAUUCGAAAGGUGCCAGUCAAGGUGGUGCUAUUUCUAUUUUAACAACUGCAGUUAAAACAGAAGGAGUUGGAUUCAUGUUCAGAGGUUGGUUACCUUCCUUUAUUAGACUUGGUCCUCAUACCAUCGUCACUUUCUUAGCUUUAGAGCAGUUGAGAAAGUUCAAGAUUGGUAUGUUUUAA